AUGGCGUCCGAUGGUCCGGAUCCGCAGUCAUUGAAAUCCUGGCAAGAUGCAUUUCACUACCCAAUUCCUACUGUGCGCCGCGUGGAGCAGGAGCUGCGCCGGGACAUCGCAAGCAAUAAGGAGAAGCUCAGGGCUCUUGUCGGUACGAGAUACCGAGAACUCAUUGGCACUGCCGAGACGAUCGUGUCGAUGAAUCGCGAAAUGGAGGAUGUGGAUUCGACGCUGGCCGACAUAGGACGAAGAUGCAAUCCACGCCUGAUGGAGAAGAUGUACACACAUUACAACCAGAUAAAGGAGGAUAGUCAUGAUGAAGAUGCCGCGAAACGAGCGCUCGGAGGGCAACUGGCUUUACUUCAUCGCUGCGCAUCGUCAAUUUCUAAGCUUCUGCGUCGACGCGGCUCCGUCUUGCUUGUGGCCAAGCUUAUGCAGGCCACGGUGCCACCAUUUGUGGAGGACCUACGCAAUCAAUUAGCAUCCCUCCAAAGAAGUCUCUUGAGGAGGCUUGGAAAGCGGCUCGCGUCUGCUAAAUAUACGGCUGACGAGAUUAUUGAGGCUUUGGCAGCAUACUGUCUUACAACUAGCUCUUCAUCGGAUGACGCCAUCCGCUACUUUCACCGGGUUCGCUUAGAUGGCAUUGGAAGCCAGCUGGAGCUUGUCGACCCGUCAGGCGAGAAUGUUCUGAGCAGCUUACGGCUAUAUGUUCGGACACUCCAGACUUCUAAGAUCCUGCUAUCUCGCCGAUUGUCAGAUGUCCUGAGCCGGCUGAAAGCACGGCCUCUGCUGACAGACCCUGAAGUGCGGAGUUUGGACGACCUAGACCUCGGUGUUCUGGGACGCUGGGUUGCUGCAGAUGUUAACAACUUCACACCAUGGAUCAAGCUCAGUGAGCUAUCAAAGUCGGACGCCGAGAAGACGAUUAAACAAUGGUCGAAACCGGCUUUCGACAAGUUCCUAAAUGGAUGCCGGGGCACCCUUACAAACUGGCUAGACUUCUCGAAGCUUCUCUCGUUACGCAAGCAAACAUUGGAGCUGUGGCUAUCUUCCCGAAGCUCGACACCUACCCAUUCAUCGUUACAAGUUCUGGAAGGACUUAGGUCAGUUUUCAAUGAUCGACUUAGGGGUAUUCUGUCAGAACAAGCCAAGACAUUGGACCUAUUUGGUCAAGGUGUCGCCUCUGCAGUGUCGAAUUGGGGCGACAGAGCCCACGCGGCUUCGCAAUCACUUUGGUCGGAGGACUUGAUUUCCCAUGACUAUUCCAAUGGCUCUGCUGCAUUCAAGCAAGCUGUCACGGACAGACUCCUGGGGCGUGAUGGUGACGUAUCCGCUGUGCUGGACAAAUACCAGGGAUGGUUGUCUGCCAUCGAAGUGUCCAGGGAAUCUAUCGACGGCCUACGGCAAGUACGCUGGUCCGACGUCUUGGAUGAAGGUGAGGACGAGGAUCUCGAUAUUGAUGUCUCUGCCAUGUUGAACGACGACGAUCCACGACUGCUCCGCGAAGCCCUUCAGGCGGCAAUUGGACAAGCAUUCGACACACUCCAAAGUUCGCUCAGCAUAACCUUCAAAUCGCUCGAAAAGCAGGGACAAAGCGGUGAGGCCGCUUUUAUGCUGAAGACUAUCCGACUUGCUCGAAGGGAUCUGCCUAUUCAAUUUGUUGCGAGCGAUUAUGCACUGUCCCAAAGCAUCGUGCCGGAUUUGCAGAGAAUCCUUGCUACAGACAUAGUCAGCCGCACAGGCCCCUGGAAGUCUCCGGCUACUUCGAAAUCGAAGUCUGGAAAAGUGCCAGGUCGCACGCUUUGGGAGGGUGAUCCUGAAAUCCCUGUCCAGCCGACACCAUCGACGUUCAAAUUCCUGCGUAAACUUGUGCAAUCUAUGGAUCAGUACGGCGCUGGACUUUGGGAUGUUUCCACGACGCAGACGCUAAAAACUGCCAUGACCAAGGGACUCUCGGAGUCUGUCACAUCCUCCAUUGAGAAGCUCAACUCACCUGCCGAAAUAGAGGGCAGCAAGAAGCCUGCCUCGCAUGAUGAGGAAGAGACAGAACCGGCACAGAACGGCGAGAAUGGCGAGAAUAGCGACCCGGCGAAACCAGAAUCCGAAAGUACCCAAUCCGACGAUGCCGAUGCUAUCAAGGACCGGAGGAUCCAGCUUUAUUUCGACACCGUAUACCUGAAUGAUGCAUUUGCGAUUCGAGACUCUGAGCGCAGCCAAUUGGCAGACGUGUUGGAUACACUUCGCAGCAGCCUCGACUUGCCUGAAAAGGCAACAAAGAAACUGGAGAAUGCUGCGCACGAGUACUGGAAACGGACUCAGUUAUUAUUUGGGCUCUUGACUGUGGGAGCUGAUCACUAAGCAGGCUGCCAUUAGCAAGCAUG